UAUGUAACCCAACGCGAUGUUUAAAUCAGAACGAAAACAAAGCGCGCGCCGCGCACUUGCUAGCACCACAAACGCGACGAGGGCUACGCCUGGCAGAAUGUCGCUGUGUCGGGCAUGCUUGGUCCUGCUCAGUGCCGAGGAUAUAACAUACGAUUUGUACAAGGAAAAGGAUUUGGCGGCCAAGUUUAUUGGUUGCAUGCGAGCUGGAGACGGACUGCGAUUUUUGGGAGCGCCACUCGAAGAAGGCAUGAGUCCUCAGAUUGUGCUUAGAUGCAUCUGCGAUAGCUGCUACCAACUGGUGCAGAGAUUCUAUGAUUUUCAACGUAUGUGCGAGGAGUCCUUCAGUAAUUUCGAAAAACUCCUGUCGGAAGUCAACGUAAAAGUUAACGGAAACAAGUGCAAUCAGGAGGAUAUACCAUCCGAGACGAUUAAAGCCCCACUGGAAGAAGAUGCACAGUCCGGAAAAUUAAUUGUUCAAGUUCAAUCGACUGAGGUUUCCGUCGUCAUGCCGGAGUCAAUUGAAGACAUUGAAGAAGUAUACAUAAUCGAAGAUAAUGCUGUCAAACAAUCUCUUGGGAAGGAAAAAGUUGCGAUCUCUUCACAUCCAGGCGUUGCGAAGCGUCCUUUGGGUCUCAGGCAAAAAAUAGACUGCAACAUUUGUGGACGCGGGUUUUACAAAAUGUCUCUUUAUGAGGCGCACAUGCAAAAGCAUCAAGGGAAGCAGCCUUACAAAUGUCCAGUCGAAGAGUGUGGCAAAGCGUAUUCGCGAGAAAACUUGCUGACCGCGCACUUACAGGAGGUUCACCAGAACCAGAGGACCACAUAUGCCUGCACGCAACCGAACUGCAAUAAAGUCUACAGCGCGCUUCGCAGUCUCAACUAUCAUUUACGGCGCCAACACUUUAAAGAUGUUGAAUCCGACAGCUCCAAGUACAUGUGCGAAAAGUGUGGCAAAUCCUACUGUCGAAAGGCUUUGCUCACGCGCCAUCAAUGGGUGCACAGGAGCAAGGGCGAAUACACUUUUGCCUGCAAGUGCUGCGAACAGCGCUUCUACACAGACCAAAAUCUAAAGGAUCACUUCCUGAGACGUCACAGCCAGAAACCACUGUGGCGCUGCAAGCGAUGUGGACGUAUUUUUGGAUCCCGUGUUGCCUUAGCCGCUCACACAAAAAGUCAUACAAAAGCGAGUCGAUCCUUUGGCAGUAGUAUAAUCAAUUAAAAAUGAGCAGUUCUCAAGUGGCAGAUACCUCAAUUCGGAUCCAUUGACACAAAUAAUCAGUUAUCCGCUUUUAUUUUCAUAUAUAUAUAUAUAUAUAUGAUUUCAGUAACUCUUCAAGCUAACUCAACUUAUGACAAUUUAAAAAGUUAAAUCUUUUGAAAUACUAAAAUUUUUAUAUAUAUAUAUUUAUCGAGUCGAAAAAACUGCUGCAUUAAAAGUAAAUACAUAUAUGUAGUGAGUGGAGUGGGUAUCUGGGAGGUUACUAUAAAAUUAGCUAACAUUCACAUGAUGGCCGGGCCUGCACAAAUUGCUUGAAAUCAGUACACAAAUUGAUGGCAGUAGCCCGCUUACAUACUUCAAAAAUCAUUUAUAAAAAAACAAUUAACUAAAUUUGAUGCUUAAGCUUAAAGAAACAGACGGUCUGAAAAUUACAUACAUAUACCAUUACAUUACAUAUAAUUAAUUUGCUGCAAAAAUUAAAAAAUCCAAU